AGGGACUCCAUGAAAGAUGUCAGAGGAGGCGAUUGUUAUUGCCAAGUGGGACUAUACGGCACAACAAGACCAGGAACUUGACAUAAGGAAAAAUGAGCGCUUGUGGCUCCUGGAUGAUUCAAAAACAUGGUGGAGAGUACGAAAUUCAUCCAACAGAACGGGCUACGUCCCUUCCAAUUACGUCGAGCGCAAGAACAGUCUAAAGAAAGGCUCUCUGGUGAAAAAUCUCAAAGACACACUUGGCCUGGGAAAAACGAAACGUAAAACGAGCACACGAGAAGCCUCUCCAACACCAAGCACAGACGAGUACUCGUCUAACGGGGGUGGAGCAGAACGAAUAUAUGACCUGAACACUCCGGCCGUGGUGAAGUUCGCCUACAAUGCGGAGCGGGAGGAUGAGCUCAGCCUGGUGAAGGGAUCCCAGCUGAUGGUGAUGGAGAAAUGCAGUGACGGCUGGUGGAGGGGCAGCUAUAACGGUCAGGUGGGCUGGUUCCCUUCCAACUACGUCCAGGAGGAAGAGCUGGAGGACUCCUCAGCCGACCUUCCCGACGUCUUCUCCUCGAGGCCGAGCCUCAGUAACGGUCAGGGCCCCAGAGUCCUUCACACCGUUCAGACGCUCUACCCCUUCAGCUCCGUGACGGAUGAGGAGCUGAACUUCGAGAAGGGCGAGACCAUGGAGGUGCUGGAGAAGCCGGAGAACGACCCAGAGUGGUGGAGGUGUAAGAACUGCCGCGGGCAGGUGGGUCUGGUGCCAAAGAACUAUGUGGUUGUGCUCAACGAUGGCCCAUUAGCCCCGGGCCCCCGUUCCCAGCAGGACGGCCACACGGGACCCUCCCACACGGGGAAAUUCGCCGGAAAGGAUUGGUACUAUGGCAACGUGACACGGCACCAGGCUGAGUGCGCGCUGAACGAGAGGGGGGUGGAGGGAGACUUCCUUGUGCGAGACAGCGAGUCCUCUCCGAGUGAUUUCUCAGUGUCUCUGAAAGCAGUCGGGAAGAACAAACACUUCAAAGUGCAGCUGUCGAAUGGAGUUUACUGUAUCGGACAACGCCGCUUCAAUGCUAUGGACGAACUGUUAGAGCACUACAAAAAAGCUCCCAUCUUCACUAGUGAACAUGGAGAGAAGCUUUACCUUAUCAAACCCCUCCAGUGACCUUCCACACACAAAUGAGCCUUACGACCAGACCAGAUCUGACCUCAAACUGAGCCGAGUGAUCUGCAACUCCUACUUACUGCUCAUUUCUCACCAGCAAACCGGGGACCUACUGAAUGACCAACCCACAGGAAAAUCGCAGGAUGACGUUUCCGCCGCAGUGUCCUUUCUGUUCCCGUUGUCUCCACGUUGCUCAAGCUCUUCUCUUCUCCCGGAGUGGUUCACCUGAACGAACAUCGCCUUUUUCCCAAGUGAUAAUUGAAGCGCUUGCCCAUGGCCUUCGACCGACAGCUCAUUUUCUGUUCACAGUUAGCCGACAUUGAGAUACAAGAAAGCCUACAGGUGCGGCCUUUGUGGUCACAGGGCACGCGCACAAAUCCAGACGAAGUGGAAUGACACGAAACUGUAUAUACAGUGCACAGGAGUUGCCAAAGAGAGAGUCUGCUGGACGAACUGAGAAAUGCCAACAGGAGGAGAGUCUUACGAGAUGAAUGUUUUGUAGAUGCUUAACCAAAUGUGCCACCUUCACAUUCAAGCACUGCUCAUUUAAUAUAUAAAUCUAUAUAAAUAUAAGAGAACUAUAUCCACCUCAUUCAGAUUCACACGUCUGUAUCUGCAUUCAAGUGUUGGCAUAGACCUCCAUGUUACAGCAAAAACACUGUUAGAGUUACUUUUCUAAAGGGCGCCGUUCGAAAAAGAGCGGUUUGGUCUCUUUACAAAUGAGUCCGUUCGGCUUUUAGCUCAUGAGCUUUUAUAAAAGUACGGUACAAAUGAAUGUUACUGAACAUUAUUAUUUAAAACCAUGUUUAUUUAACGCGAGGGGAAAAAAGCAGCGGAGAAGGGACGAUGUAGUGAGAUCCACAUUCUACCAUAGCUGUGCAAAACGUUUCAAUACUUUUGUUUGAUUAAACAUUUUGCAAGAGUA